GCGGGUUCGUUUGCGGUUUACGUCUGAAUGGCCCCUGGAGCUGCCUGAGGUGCAGAUCAGAGGUCAGCUGGCCUUUGCCCUCGUGGCCCGGAACAGGAGCCCGCCAAAGGUCUUUUGGGACACUUUCAAGGCAUCCUGUGAGGUGUCAGACUCGUCAGAGAUGCUGAAGGAGUUGUUGGUUCAGCUUCGUCGCUUCCUACUGGAGCCUGCAGCCUACUUGGGCUUGCCAGAGGAGCCUGGGGAAGCAUCUGGAGCUUCAAUGGAGGCCCGCCGACUUUCCUCCUGGGUGCAGGAUGCUGCACGCGUCAACGCAAAGCGUUUGGAUGUCAUCCGAGCCUACCGCGCACAAGUACUUCACCCUGAGCUUUUUGACCCACUUCAGCCUCUCAAGGAGGAGUGGUUGCACCCCUCCGCCCGAGCCUGCAUCGAGGCAAUGAGAGAAGGGGACCUCGCCGCAGCCCGUGCUAUCCUGUCCGAGCAUGCGGCUGGGGAGGUCUUUUCCUUCCCGCUUUUCACCGACGAUUUCUGUGAUAAACUUUUAGAGGAGGUCUUCAACUUCUACAAGAGUGGGCUGCCAGCGAGGCGGCCAAACAGCAUGAACAAUUAUGGGAUCAUCCUUAGCGACAUUGGCCUUGAGCCCUUUAUUGAUAAGCUGCAAGAGUUCUUGCAGCCCUUGGGACAGGGGCUGUUCCAAGCGCCUGGCAGUCUCUGGGACAGCCAUCACUGCUUCAUUGUCCGUUACCGUGAAGGAGAGGACCUAGGACUGGACAUGCACACUGAUGACUCAGAUGUGACUUUCAAUAUCUGCCUAGGCCUUGACUUCACUGGAGCCGGCCUUCAGUUUUGUGGUGCAGUAGGUGCCCCCGAGCAUCGGAAGCACCAUUUUACAUACCAGCACCAGAAGGGUCACUGUGUGGUCCAUUUGGGACGAAAGCGGCAUGGAGCUGACGACAUCACUUCCGGAGAGCGGUUGAACCUAAUCCUCUGGAACCAUUCCUCUGCAUAUCGUCAAAGUCGCGAUUAUCGGAAUCCACCGUAUGCCAAAGAAGCAGAAGCCCCCGAUCCUAUCUGCCUCAGCUACACGCACGACCGGGAUUUUGGAGCCUUCAAGGACUACCCUUCUGGACGAGAGCACUUCCGAGGUAGGGGCUGGUGCCCGCCCCCAGCCGCAGAAUACCCGAACUUCAAGCAGGAAUUUCGUUUCCGCUCCACUGGUGCGGGGAACUCUAAACUUUGA